GGAAGACGCGCGGCCCGCGCAGGGGCUGAACUGCUGCCUCGGGAGCCUCCGGCGCGGCGGCUGCAAGCUCGCCCCGAGCCCGGGGCAGCUGCGGCCUUUGUGCGUCUGCCGCGGGCUCGGCUCGGCUCGGCUGGGCUCGCCCCUCCCGCGCGGCGGCCGGGCCGGGCCGGGCUCGGUGGCGUGGGGCCCGGCAGCGGGGAGGCUGCAGCCGAGAGACCGAACCUGCCGCUGCCCGAUGAGAGGCGCCCCCGGCCGGCCGGGGCAUGGCUGGGCCGCGCGGCGCUCAGGCUCCAGUCACAUUUGAUGAUGUCGCUGUCUAUUUCUCCGCGGAGGAGUGGGAGGAGCUAGCGGAGUGGCAGAAGGAGCUGUACAAGGACGUGAUGAGGGACAACUACGAGGCUUUGAUCUCCCUGGGACAUGCUGCCGCUAAACCUGACAUUAUCUGGCUGAUUGAACGUGGGGAGGAGCCAUGUGUCAAGGGUCACAAGGACUCGGGGAAUGGAAAAGCUUUUAACUUCAUCUCAGUUGCUGAGAUCAGGAGGAAGAAGGAGACUUAUCCGCAGGAGACUCUCAGGGGAUUGGAAGUGCCCAGGCUGUUAGCAGGGGGACCCACAGAACGUGGCCUCCAGAGCUCGGACAGGGAAUUAGCCUGUCAGGCUCAGUCCAGCUCAGAAGAUCAUCAGGGAAACUCUGCCAGAAGUGGAGUGGAGCCACCUCCUCCUUGGCAAAGCGGGUUCACUGCAGCCACCUGGCAACGCCGCUGCCUGGGAUGUGAGCAGGCGGCUCCCUUUGAACUCUCUGGGGGACGCCCAUGUGAGGCUGAGGACAGGUUCUGGCUCUUGGACGUCCUGGCUCCCCAGCCAUUCACUCCUGCAGAGACUCUGUAUAAAUGCAUCCAGUGUGAGAAAUGGUUCACUCACCUGCCAGCUGCAGGCGGUCACGGCGGGACCCCCAUGGGAGCAGAGCCCUCCAUGUGCCCCAAGUGCAAGGGGAGCCGUGGGGAAAGCUCUCAUCUUAGUGCAUGUCAGAGAAUCCCCCCAGGAGAGAUCCCCGGUCUGUGCGCUCACUGUGAGCAAAGACCAGCCCGGCCCGCGCCCCAGAGAAUCCCCCCAGGAGAGACCCCCUGUCUGUGCGCUCACUGUGAGCAAAGCCCAGCCCAGCCUCUGUCCGAGAGAAUCCCCCCAGGAGAGACCCCCUGUCUGUGCGCUCACUGUGAGCAAAGCCCAGCCCAGCCUCUGUCCGAGAGAAUCCCCCCAGGAGAGACCCCCGGUCUGUGCGCUCACUGUGAGCAAAGCCCAGCCCGGCAUGUGCCCCAGAGAAUCCCCCCAGGAGAGACCCCCGGUCUGUGCACUCACUGUGAGCAAAGCCCAGCCCAGCCUCUGUCUGAGAGAAUCCCCCCAGGAGAGAUCCCCGGUCUGUGCGCUCGCUGUGAGCAAAGCCCAGCCCAGCCUCUGUCCGAGAGAAUCCCCCCAGGAGAGACCCCCUGUCUGUGCGCUCACUGUGAGCAAAGCCCAGCCCAGCCUCUGUCCGAGAGAAUCCCCCCAGGAGAGACCCCCGGUCUGUGCGCUCACUGUGAGCAAAGCCCAGCCCGGCAUGUGCCCCAGAGAAUCCCCCCAGGAGAGACCCCCUGUCUGUGCACUCGCUGUGAGCAAAGCCCAGCUCGGCCUGUGCCCCAGAGAAUCCCCCCAGGAGAGACCCCCUGUCUGUGCACUCGCUGUGAGCAAAGCCCAGCCCAGCCUCUGUCCGAGAGAAUCCCCCCAGGAGAGACCCCCGGUCUGUGCACUCGCUGUGAGCAAAGCCCAGCCCGGCCUGUGCCCCAGAGAAUCCCCCCAGAAGAGCGACUGUAUAGAUGCCCCGAGUGCAAAAAAAGCUUCUGCUACAAGCAAGAAUACAUGUGGCACCAGAGAGCCCACCUUGGUGAUAGGCUCCAUAAAUGUAGUGGGUGCGAGAAAAGCUUCCGCUCCAAGCAGGAGCUGGUCUGGCACCAGCGGGCCCACGCAGUGGAGAGGCCAUACAAGUGCAGCGAGUGUGAGAAGAGCUUCCACUACAAGCAAGAAUUUACCUGGCACCAGAGAGCCCACGUGGGCGACAGGCCGUACAAAUGCCCCACCUGCGAUAAGCACUUCCGCUACCAGCAAGAGUUCACAUGGCACCAGCGGAGCCAUGCUGGGGAAAAGAGCUACAAGUGCCUGGGCUGUGAGAAGAGCUUCCGCUACAAGCAGGAAUUCAUGUGGCACCAGAGGAUCCACGCGGGGGAGAACCCCUACCGAUGCCCCACGUGCCAGAGGACCUUCCGCUGCAAGCAGCAGUAUACGAGCCACCAGAGGAUCCACAGCGGGGAGAGGCCCCAUAGAUGCUCCGAGUGUGGUAAGAGCUUCAGCCGGAAUUCAGCCCUUCUUAAGCACCAGCGACUCCACACCGGGGAGGGACCUUACCGCUGUCCUGACUGCGAGAAGAGCUUCAGCCAGAGCGCAGACCUUCUCCAACACCAGAGAUCCCACGCACGCAGGAGAGCCCGGCUGGAUGGGCAGAAGCCUUCCGAGGGGAGGCAACCCCAGCAAGGCCCAAGCAAGGCUGCGGGCAGAGAGACCCUGUAAGCCCCCCGAGCCUGCAGCACGAUUCAGGGGGAGCACUCGCACCUGGGAGCCCGAAGCAGGAGAGGAGCUCAGCUGAUGAACCCAGCACGUGAGAGCCUCACGCACAGGCUGAAGUCGCAGAGCCACGCGGGAAAGGCCUGGGAAGGGCUGUAGAGUCAGAGUCCCUUGGGGAGCCCAGGAAAGACACACACAUGGCAACGAGUUCGCAGUAGGUCCAGUAGGACGUCUCUUCCUGAAGGUGCUCAGAUACUUCAGUGAUGGGCAGCAGGCUAGAACCCGGGACUCCAGUGCCCCGUCUGGCUGCUGACUCUGUGCCUUCUUAUUGCUAAAUGAGUAGCUGCUCCAGUGCCCCUGGGACUAAGGUGCUCACGUGCUCCAGUCCUGCUCCCCUCACACUGCAUUGUCAGCCUUAAACAUGCCAGGAGAUCUCCAUUGCUGGGGGGAAACCAACAUGUUCAUGCAACAUUGUGGUGGAGGAUGUCAGUGCCACGGAGUCAGGAUGGUCGAAGUGCUGGGACUCGCAGCAGCCCUUAGCUGAGCCCUCUGGAUAGCGAUAACUCACAGCUGCAGGCAGGGUACUGGAGCGAUGAUGCUCUUCUCGCUUCCACUCCUGCCCCAAAUACUCAGAUCAAACCAUUUUGCUGCCACCCUGCAACACACGUCAGAGUAAAGGAGGAGCUAUAUGGGUGCCUUGCUUACUGGUACUUUGCACAAGCAAGGUAACAGCGCCACCUCUAGAGGGCGAUCUCAUACUAACAUCAUGGGGCAUUUCUGGUACUUGCAGUUAUUUGACCCACCUGUACCCACUGCUGCAAAGAUCCCUCUGCGGGGAGGUCCUGAGCAUUGCAGGGGGCUGUGAGAGCUCAAAGCACAGCUUCCCAUGUUCCUCAGAGUACAACUGCCAUUCUCACCAGCUCUCUCUGCAGCUUCGGCCCCGCGUUCCUGUGCAGACUGUGAUAUGGGAGCUGCGCUUCCCUAAGCGCCACCCUUUCAGAGGGCGCUGCAUGCGCACAUUGUGCACCUCUCUGCUAGCUCGCGGGGGCUCGGCUGUGAUCCCUCCCUUGGCCAGUCCCCUUUGGGGAAUCGAGUGCCGGUGCUAGAGUCACAGUCCAUCGGCUCCUUCCUGGAAGUGUGGCUGGCGCUGUGCAGAGGCGUUUUAGCUCCCUCUCACCACACGCAGCCAGCUCCAUCAGGCGUUUUUCUCUACGACAUCUCAAACCCUCUUGUCAUGCCGUAGUCAGAACUUUUCCUGGGGCUAAAUUCUGUUACACGGAUGUAAAUCCUGAGCAACUCUACUGAAUUUUGUGGUGUUUACACUGCUGUAACUGGGAGCAGAUUCUGGCCCUUGACUUCAGAUCUCGUUCCUCCCUAGUGUUGCUCCAGGGCAGUGGGAGCGGUAGCCACCUCCACUCCUCGUCCUGUCUCCACCAUCUUGCGGAGCAUGAGAGAUACCUGUAGGAAAUGGGAUCUGCCACAUGUGGGGGGGGUUGGACUGUCCCUUGUCCUGAUAUGGGCUGAAAUCCAUUGGAUGCCGUGGUGAGCUCCAGCCGGUUCACAGGAACCGGUUGUUAAAUUUAGAAGCCUUUUUAGAA